AUGCUGGACGCCAUCGAGGAUACCAACAUUGCGGACGUGCAACUACUGCUCGAUAAACACCAUGCGAAUCCGAACACGAUCGUGCUGGCCAAAGAUGUAGCACCCAUGCAUCUAGUGAUCGGAGCGGACGAUGAAUCGUUUGCCGCAAAAGCCACCUCGCUAAUGUUGGAACACGGUGGUGAUGCCUAUCUUCCGACGGUCGAACAGUUGCUAACCCCACUUCAUGUGGCCUGCAAUCUUGGGCGCGUUACAAUCCUGCGAAUGCUCCUGAAAGCGGACGGCAAUGUGAAACUACAGGACGAGGAAGGCCGUACACCGAUUCAGCACGCUAUCGACUGUAGUGACUCCUGCCGAAAUGCGGUCCUCAUCGCGACGAGCUACAACCUAGGCAACAAGGAGUCAACAUCGCACGCCAGCUGA